GGGGGCGCGGCAAUGUUUUUAAUCUGACCACAGAACCUGUUCGCUUACUCUUGCUUCCUCUAAGACAGUUCAUGCGUUCCCUCACAGUAGUUCCUUGAUGUGAGAGCUGCAAUAGAGAAGUGUUCUCUGCAGCAGUGCCACCGCCCCGGACCCAAGCCUUGGCAACCCUAAUCCAUGACCUGUGGACGAGGACCUUUGUGUCCUGACAUGCCUGUGAAAGGUGCCCUAUCCCAGGCAGUGUACUGUACAGCCAGCCAUGGAGCAUCAAGCCUGGAUACUGAGGCGCUGCCUGGCCCAGCUGGAGAGACAGAAGGCGGCGGACGAGGAAGCACCCAAUGGCAUUGCCGAGGAGUUUGCUAGGUUGAAAAACCAGUCAACUAAGUACCGCACUGACAAGACCUACCCGACCAGGACGGCAGAAAAGCAGGACAACAUCAAGAGGAACCGAUACAAGGACAUCGUUCCCUUUGACCACAGCAGAGUAAAGCUCACUCUCAUCACAUCCAAAAAUGACACAGACUACAUCAACGCCAGCUUCAUCAAGGGAGUGUCGGGGUCCAGGGCCUACAUUGCUACUCAGGGUCCUCUUCCUCACACAGUGCUGGACUUCCUGAGGAUGCUUUGGGAGUACAACAUACAGGUCGUCGUGAUGGCCUGUCGAGAAUUUGAGAUGGGAAAGAAAAAGUGCGAGCGCUACUGGCCGCAGAAACAAGAGCAGCCGUUUGUCUGUGAGCCUUUUACAGUUUACUGUGAUUCUGAGGAAAAUAAAGGAGAUUAUCUGACAAGGACGUUACGGGUGACUUAUUGCAAUCUCAGCCGAACUUUGAAACAGCUGCACUACGUCAACUGGCCAGAUCACGGUGUACCAGACUCCAUCCCUCCCAUUCUGGAAAUGCUGCAUGAGAUGCGUUCCAGUCAAGCCCAUGAGGAUGUUCCCAUCUGCAUCCACUGCAGUGCUGGCUGCGGUAGAACAGGAGCCCUGUGUGUCAUUGAUUAUACCUGGAACCUCCUGAAGAAACAGAUGAUCACUCCGGAUUUCAACAUCUACGACUUGGUUCAAAACAUGAGAACCCAGAGGCCCUCGCUGGUUCAAACAAAGGAACAGUAUGAGCUGGUCUACAGAACCAUCAGGUUACUCUUUGAGAGGUAUCUGCAGUUCAUGGAUGCUCAGACCUGCAGGAAUGAGGUGACAGCGGUCCCGUCUGCUGUCACGCCUGACACUGAAAGCGAGCUCUCGGACCUGAGUGAGGAGCUGGACCUGCUUGAUGAGGAACGGGGUGUUUUGCCACAGCACCACACUCCCUUGCCUUCAGAAAAUCUGACUGCCUCGAGAGCUGAGGACGCGCAGAGGGACCAGCAACAAUUGCACCUCUUCCAGACGCUUCCUGAGGCUCUGGCCACCACCCAGGACCCGCUGGAGGGUCCCAGAACCUCACUCGAACUGGUGCAUGCCAGCCAGAAAACCCCUGCAGCAGAGGAGGGGACACAGAAGAGCAAUGAUAUACCAUCACUGAGGCCUCCACCAGCAGACAUUUGUCUGAUGGUGGAAGACCCCUACUUCGACACACCAAUGAGCUCCCCUUCCUCAGAGGAAGCUCCAAUGGACUCCACCCAAGACGCCAAGGAAUGGCUAGUUAGCCCUAUUUUCAGCACGCCCUCGUUGUGCGUGAAUGACCACAGUCUGGAGCUAAACUCACCUGCCUCAGGCGAAGUUAAUACAGAUGAGGAGGUGCCUCCUCCGCUACCUCAGCGAACCCCUGAAUCCUACGUCCUGGCUGUGGAUGAAGAGCGCUCAGAUCCCUGUGAAAGGCUAACGGUCAUCAUUCCGCCCAAUGCUGCUGCCGAGGCCGUCAGGGAGUUGGGAGGCAGCCCCCCCUCACCUGUCCCCCCACUUCCAGAGAGGACCCCAGAAUCUUUUGAGUUGGCCAUUGAUCAAGCUCCUGUGGAAAAGAAGUUGGAGGUCACGCCGGCGGUGAACCUGAACAGAAUAGGAACGUCGUCAGAAUGGUCCGGUAGCUCAAAGCCUGCUGCCGCUGCAUCGCAGAGUGAGACGAAACCUUGGGCGAGGAGUCGGAGUCUGAGAGCAAAAAUGACCUUCACAGUACCAGUAACACUUCCUGAUGUUGCCUCAUACUCAACUUCACACCCCUACUGUCCACCUCUGGACCCACUGACUCCUCCGCUGCUUCCUCAAACCGAGGGAAGGCUGACUCCUCCUCUUCCAGACAGGACCCCAGAGUCCUUCAUCCUCACCACAGAGGAGGCUGGCGAGAAACCCGCCCUCUGCCCUCAGCCCCGGCAAACAACGCAGACCCCGUCGCGGGUGGGCCUGUCCUCCGAGUGGGACGGCACCUCUCAGCCCAAGAGAUUCCUCGAUGUUGUCAUGAGCAGGAGCAAGAGUGUUCGAGCUAAAAGUUCAAGACAGGAGCCCCUCACUGCAGUUCGACAGCUGACUUUGUCUCCUGUGGUCGUAGCUGAAGGAGGAAGUGCACAAGCGGGGCAGCAUGAUGUGAACUGCAGGCCAUCUCUAAAAGCUGAAACAUCAGGAAACAAAUCAGACAAAAGCAACGAGAAGGGCAUGUCUCGAACGAGGAGUUUGAAGUUUUUCAAACACAAACAAAAACCCAAAGUUGCCCCCCCACCUCCUCCUGCUCAACCCAGAACACCGCCUCCGUCAUAUGGUGCCUCAUCGUCAGCCUUCAAAUUCGGAUUUGGGAACCGUUUUGGAAAGCCAAAGGGCCCCAGGACUUACCCAGAGACCUGGGUUUGAGGCAGUCGGCCCUCUCUAAACAUCAAAGAUGGAGCUUUUCUUCUAACAAUGAGCAUCAGGACACAUUGGAUCGCUAAAGGACGUUGAUCCAUUGGAAGUUUAGCACAAGUAUCCCUUGACGAUACGGCAGAGGAUCAAAUACAGUGGACCUGAAAAGCACUGACAGCAGUUUCUCUUUGUCUCGCACAGCAGGACCUCCAGCAGAGAACAGGAAGUGCCUUGUUCGCAGCCGUGAUGCAUUUUUGUACUGGAUUUCAACUACGGUUGACUUUAAUUAUUGAUCAGUGCCUCGCUGAACAACCCGGACAGCCACUCUGACCACUUGAAUGUUCAAUCCAAAACUCAGCCGCUGUCAUAAUUCGCUUGAAGAAGUGAGCAGUCUGCAGCCGGAAGCGUUACAGUUCUUGUCUUCACGGUUCAACUUCGUGUGUGAGGAAUGUAUUUAGUUGUGUGUGUGUGCCUUUUGCAUGAAAUAAGAACACGGGUAUAACAUUGCAUCUAGUUCAUCAGCACCUCACUGUUUCUGUUAUAAAGAAUCAUUCAGUGUAUCGUGUGUCAGUUUUGUUCCUGCUCCAUAAUUUACACAUUAAUCUGUACUUUAAAAGCAUCAACUUAUUCUUAAGGUUAAGGUACAGAGAAUGUGAUGCAUAUUCAAUAUGCAUCUGAAGCAACUGUAUCGUUAAACUGUGUUAAAUACACUUGUUACACACAAAGAUAUUUAUUAAAAAUAUAUAA